AGUCCAAGUCUAUUGUUGUCAACAAGUGGUCAGCCUUGAAAGUAAAACAGUGAUGGAACACUCCAAACAAGCCCAGUACACUUCGAGUGACCACUCAAAGCCGGCUCAGUACACUUCGAACGACAAGAAAGACAGCGGGGACAGCAGCUCCGUGCUCAACGGACACUUUGACGGGAUGGUGAAAAGGCCACCUGCUGCUUCCCUGACUCCGGCCACCGAGUGCGGCUCGGACCGGACGACGGUGAUGGAGAGCUGGAAGGAAGAGCGCACCAGGAGCGUGGAGGACAACGAGAUAAGUCUUCCGUCCCUGGCCGCCGCUUACACCACCAUCCUUAAGGGGCUCGGGGAAGACCCGCAGCGGCAGGGGCUCGUCAAAACUCCGUGGAGAGCCGCGACCGCCAUGCAGUUCUUCACUAAAGGCUACCAGGAAACUAUCAUUGAUGUGCUCAACGAUGCCAUCUUUGAUGAGGACCACGACGAGAUGGUCAUCGUCAAAGACAUAGACGUGUUCUCGAUGUGCGAACAUCACCUGGUGCCCAUCAUUGGCAGGGUUCACAUUGGUUACCUCCCCAACAAGCGCGUCCUGGGCCUAAGCAAGCUGGCCAGGAUUGUUGAGAUCUACAGCCGCAGACUACAAGUUCAGGAGAGAUUGACCAAGCAAAUUGCUGUGGCCAUCACAGAAGCGCUGCAGCCAACUGGGGUCGGCGUUGUCAUGGAAGCAACUCACAUGUGCAUGGUGAUGCGAGGCGUCCAGAAGAUGAACAGUAAGACCAUCACCAGCACCAUGCUGGGAGUUUUCAGAGAGGAUCCCAAAACCCGUGACGAGUUUCUGACGCUGAUCAGGAGCUGAAGUUCCUCCUCCGCCUGUUGCUAACGGUUGUCUCCAUUUGCACAGGCCAACUGAUGUGCACCUGUGUAUGUGUGCCCAACUAUGUUGCCUUUUUAAAACUAGAUAGUACAGUAGAUCCCUUGGGAGACUUGAAACGUAACCCCCGUAAAAAACCUCUAACAAACACGACUGUCGUUGAAUAACGGAGGUCUCACUCCCAUGUCAUUUCGCACCACAAAAAAGUUAAACAAUUCUUGGGUUGGGGGUUUACAUAUAUAUAUACCUUCCUCUUUGAGUAAUACCCUGAGAAUACAAGGACCUGCAUGAAUGAGGAUACAGACAUGAUCAUCUAAAACCUAUAACAUGCCUCUAGAAAGUAUUAAACACAUUUUAAUUCAGUAUUAUGCACCAAAAUAAUUACAGGCACACAGUAUACAGUAUUGUACUCACAAAACAUGCAGUUACAUCACAGUGUCAAAGCAUCUUUCCGCUGGAGAAUGUUGUACUGAAUUGACUGGUGAGACAGCACACUCUUUUUAAUAAAAUCUAUUUUCCGCUGCGUAUAGUGCCAUCAACCACUUUCUAUUAAAACCCUCAAUUGUUUACAAUUCAAAGCAGAGAAAAUACAUUUUAACUGCAGGGAUCUACUGUACAUACAUUACUGAUGAGGUUUGUAAGGUCAAAUUGUGGAACUCCAUAAAUGUAGUAACUUGUGGGGUUUAAAUUCUUCCUUAAGUAAGCAUUUAUUGCCUUGUUGACGGUCAUGGUGAGUGUUGGUGUGUGUUUUCAACUCAAGAGGAUCGAGUGCUCUUGACUUGGAUUAUAGUACUUUUAAUCAAGUGAAGUUACAGUAGUACAUAUUUCUCUCAUUCUACAGAGAGAGUGACUAUAUAUAUAUAUAUAUAUAU